ACUUCUGUAAGCCCUCAGUCCCAGCCUGUGACUUGCACCUGCCUCCGAGUCUCAGAAAGGAUCCCAUCAACUGCAGGGAUGAACAGGCUGACCGAGCUGUGCGCUGGUCUCCCAUUGUAUCCCCUACCCCUCAACAGAGGGAGAGACAGCAAUGUGCCUCACGCACCCAUCUGCACCCCUCACCUCACUCCUGAGGAGCAGAAGGUGGCGCUGAGAAAUGCCCUGCGUUAUUUGCCUUCAGAUCUACAUGGUAUCUUGGCCCCAGAAUUCGCCAGUGAGCUCAAGGAGUUUGGUCAUAUCUACAUGUACAGGUUCUGUCCACAGAUUGACAUGAGAGCUUAUCCGAUCACUCAGUAUCCUUGCAAAACAAAGGCAGCUGCAGCAAUCAUGCACAUGAUUAUGAACAACCUGGACCCACGAGUUGCUCAGUUUCCCCAGGAGCUUGUGACGUACGGAGGGAAUGGACAAGUCUUCAGUAACUGGGCCCAGUUUAGACUGGCGAUGCACUAUCUGUCCGAGAUGACGGAGGAACAGACACUGGUCAUGUACAGUGGACACCCACAGGGCUUGUUCCCAAGUCCCCGGAAUGCACCGCGUGUUGUUAUCACAAAUGGCAUGGUUAUCCCAAACUAUUCCUCGAGGGAUGAGUACGAGAAAAUGUUUGCAAUGGGUGUGACAAUGUAUGGACAGAUGACUGCAGGAAGCUACUGUUAUAUUGGGCCACAGGGGAUUGUUCAUGGCACUGUGCUGACAGUGUUGAACGCAGGCCGACGCUACCUGGGCUUAGACAACCUCAGCGGCAAGGUCUUUGUGACAUCAGGACUGGGCGGAAUGAGCGGCGCACAGGCCAAGGCUGCAGCCAUCAUCGGCUGUGUGGGAGUGAUAGCAGAGGUUGAUGAAGCAGCUCUAACAAAACGACACCAGCAAGGCUGGUUAAUGCAGAUCACCAACAACCUGGACCAAUGCAUAGCUCAAAUCAGGGAGGCUCGACAAAAGAAAAUGACCCUCAGUCUUGGUUACCAUGGUAACGUGGUGGACCUUUGGGAGAGGCUGGUACAAGAGUAUGAUCAGACUGGAGAACUAUUGGCGGACCUGGGCUCAGACCAGACCUCCUGCCAUAACCCAUUCAGCGGAGGAUACUACCCUGUGGAGCUUACCUUCAAGGCAGCCAAUCAGAUGAUGCACACUGACCCAAAAAAUUUCCGCAAGCUUGUACAGGAAAGCUUAAAGCGACAAGUGAAGGCCAUCAACAAGCUAUCGGAGAAGGGAAUGUUUUUCUGGGAUUAUGGGAAUGCUUUCCUACUUGAAGCUAAAAGAGCAGGUGCUAAUGUGGAGAAGGCUGGAGGUGGGAAGCUGGAAUUCAAGUUCCCCUCAUACGUCCAACAUAUUAUGGGUGAUAUUUUCUCUCUGGGGUUCGGGCCAUUUCGUUGGGUUUGCACCUCAGCUGAUCCUGCUGACCUCGCCGAGACAGAUGCCAUUGCUACCUCGGUGCUGGAGGAUAUUACAAAAGAGAAAGAGACCAGCAGGUUCGUGAAGCAGCAAUACUCAGACAACAUCCGCUGGAUCAGACAGGCCGCAAAACACAACAUGGUUGUUGGGUCUCAAGCUCGAAUUCUGUAUUCAGACCAGAAAGGACGAGUGAGGAUAGCUGUUGCAAUAAACCGAGCAAUUGCUGCAGGCAAGAUCAAGGCUCCUGUGGUGAUUAGUCGGGACCACCACGAUGUCAGCGGGACAGACAGCCCGUACAGAGAAACCUCGAACAUUUACGAUGGAUCAGCAUUUUGUGCAGACAUGGCGGUGCAGAACUUUGUUGGUGAUUCUUUCCGAGGAGCAACUUGGGUAGCUUUGCACAACGGUGGAGGUGUGGGAUGGGGAGAGGUGAUAAAUGGUGGCUUUGGGCUAGUCCUUGAUGGCUCUCCGGAUGCUGAGGAACGAGCUAAGAUGAUGCUAAACUGGGAUGUCUCCAAUGGGGUCGCUCGUCGCUGCUGGUCUGGCAGUUGCAAGGCCCACGAGGCGAUUUGCAGAACGAUGAAGGAGCACAGUGCCCUGAGGGUAACACUCCCUCACCAUGUCGAAGAUGAGGGGAUCCUGGACAAGGCGCUGCAAAAUUAGGAAGUAGGACCACCACACAAACUGACUGUGCACCCGCAUCCCCCCCUCCCCCCACC